UCAGUCAAUCUGUGUAAGAAUGUCCUAUAAUAUUUAUUUAUUUAUUUACUUAUAAGUAUUACCUAUAGGUAGAUACGAAGAUACUCGAAAAUACCUAUAGGGUGCCUGAGGUUUUCAGUGGAUAGUGUAGUCAGUAGUGGAACAACUUGUACCUGUAGAGAUUGCCCUACACUAUUAUUUAAUUUUUUUGUUUACAAUUUUUAGAAGUUUCACAACUUCCAAACUCAUUAACCUGUUUUACUUAUAGGUGUUUAAAAAUUGUCCCUACUCUUAUUACUGAUAUAAAAUGAAAGCUUCCGUUACAUUUGAAGUGGAUAUAACCGGGCGGUAACUUAAUCCCAGGCUGUUCAGAUGAAAGUGCCGCGCAUCUAAUUACCCGAGCGAGGAUUAAGUAGAUUGGCCAUUGAAAUGCCAUCGAGAUAUGAAAUCGCUUACACGCAUUAAUGCACAAUAUUAAUAAAUUUUCAAAUAUCGAGUACGUAGGUACAGAUGUAGUGUGAAAUACUUUUCUUUCGUAGGUUCACGGAAACUCACUCAUACUAUUUCAAUCAGUCUCAGUACACGAAGUACUAAUGUUGACCGAACUAAAAUAUCGUCGCUACUUUAAAAAAAAACUUGUAUCUUCGUCUGUCAAUGAAAAAAAAUUGUAGUAAGUAUGUAUGGGAUGCAUAUAGACUUACUGCGUUUUAACUUUGAGAAGCAGCGUGAGAUACGAGAUUUUUUAAAAGUAGUGACGAUAUAGUACAUUGUGUAUUAAGAGCAGAAAGAGAAGGAUAAAGAACGAGAAGCCGGUUAAUAACUCAAGUUUGUAAUCCUUCAGAUGGAUGAAUUACAUAAUGUUUUUCAUCACACUCGCAAAGUAAUAACCAAGUUUUAAAGUUAAACUAAAUGUUUUGAAAUACCUACGUACAAUAAUAAAUUUCGAACAUUCGUCCGCCAUCUUGUAAUUUUUGACAGGUCGUGGAAGGCCACACCCACUCUACCAUUCACUUUACCACCUUAGGGCGGUAAAAUAGCUCAUUGCGGCUCAGCCACGACAUUGGUCUAAGCGCGACAGCGGUGAGCGGCGGCCAUACAUUGAAGCGAGACACAGCGAUGGGACUAUUCAUUCGCACGUAUGGCUGCCGCUCACCGCUGUCGCGCUUAGACCAGUGUCGUGGCUGGGCCGUUAGAGUCAUUAGGUAUCAGUGUGGAGCCAUGUAAUAACACAAAUUACGAGCGAGUGUGAUGAAAAUAAUGUUUCGUAUGGCAGCCGUGAGGUGGCACCUCUCGACGCUGCUGGUGACACUGGUCCUGGUCUGUGGCGUGGCGGAGCACUCCUUCCGGCAGAACCGACGCCCGUUGGCGGUGGAACCGUAUAUUACAGACGAGGAAUACAUCCGCCACAUCCACUCCAUGAUCGACGCAUACCGAGGCGACAUCGGCGGGCGGCUCAUCAUCGAGACCAACGCGCUCAUCGACACCAAGUACCGCACGUGGAAGCGCAAUGCCGACAUGAUCAACUCUCUCCUGGCUCUCCCGAAGGGCCUCAACGAUGCCGGCCGCUGAACCCUUCUCAACUACCUCGCACUGCCUUCACUUUUAUUUUAAAUACAAGCAAACGUGAUUGUCAUUUGAUUUGAAUAUUUUAUUUCAAGGGUACUUCUCGUUUG